AUACCUAUGUUCUGACGCAACGAUCUCAAAUUUCCCUAAAUCCAACAAUAUACAAUUUCGUCACAGUAAGUUACAGGCUCACAGCGGUGGUUAUCGAUCUGCUAUCGAGAGUUAAAGGAUAAUUUGGGGGAGUUUGAAGUCAAUUUCGAAGGGUGGACGCAAAGUCAAAACUUGAUUUCGUUUCAAAUACUCUAAUUUUACAGAAUCAGCAGCUUCGUAGUAGAUUGUAGAAGAUACUACAAACUUUUUUUUAAAAAUAUUUAGAGAGAGAAUAGAAUUCGCUCACGAUUUUGUGCAGAAGUACAUACAUAGCUAGCAAAAACGCCCGAAUUCACAAAUUCAAUAGCAUCCGUCUCCGUCGGAGCUCAAGUUGAGCCGUUUUCGUUUGUGUAAUCGAAAUAAAAGCUUUGCGAGGGGAUGGGGGUUCCUGCUUUUUACCGGUGGCUGGCGGAUCGGUACCCGCUGUGUAUUGUGGAUGUGGUGGAGGAAGAACCUGGGCAGGACGAGAGGGGCGUGCCCCGCCCUGUCGAUGUAUCGAGGCCAAACCCUAAUGGCAUUGAGUUCGAUAAUUUGUAUUUAGAUAUGAAUGGUAUUAUUCAUCCUUGUUUCCACCCCGAAGGCAAGCCUGCACCUACCACAUAUGCAGAUGUAUUUAAAUCUAUCUUUGAUUACAUUGACCAUGUCGUGUCAUUGGUUCGUCCAAGAAAGCUCCUUUAUUUGGCAAUUGAUGGUGUGGCUCCCAGGGCUAAAAUGAACCAGCAAAGGUCUCGUCGUUUCAGGGCUGCUAAGGAUGCUGCAGCAGCUGAAGCUGAAGAAGAAAAAAUGAGGAAAGAGUUUGAACUUGAGGGGGAAAAACUAUUGCCAAAAGGAAAGACUGAAACAUCUGAUUCAAAUGUUAUCACCCCUGGCACCCCAUUUAUGGCAGUGCUCUCUGUAGCACUUCAAUAUUAUGUGCAGUCAAGAUUGAACCGCAAUCCCGGAUGGCACUUUCUCAAGGUUAUUCUUUCUGACGCAAAUGUUCCUGGUGAGGGUGAGCACAAAAUUAUGUCUUAUAUUCGUUUACAACGCAAUAUUCCUGGUUUUGAUCCAAACACCAGGCAUUGUCUAUAUGGCUUGGAUGCUGACCUGAUCAUGCUCUCACUAGCUACUCAUGAAGUUCACUUUUCAAUACUGAGAGAGGUGAUUACUCUUCCUGGGCAACAGGAAAAAUGCUUUCUCUGUGGCCAAGCAGGCCAUCUGGCAGCUGAAUGUCGUGGGGGAGCCAACGGUGAUAAUGUAGAUGACACUCCCGUUCAUAAGAAGAAGUAUCAGUUUCUCAACAUCUGGGUUUUGCGAGAAUACUUGGGAUAUGAGCUGAAUAUUCCAAAUCCUCCAUUUGAAAUUGAUUUCGAGAGACUGGUGGAUGAUUUUGUGUUUCUAUGCUUUUUUGUCGGCAAUGACUUUCUUCCUCAUAUGCCCACGUUGGAAAUUAGAGAGGGUGCCAUAAAUUUGCUCAUGGUUGUAUAUAAAAGGGAAUUCGCUGCAAUGGGCGGUUAUCUUACAGAUGCUGCUCUCCACCUGCUACUGGGUCAAUGCUGCCACCUGCCCUCUCUGACCCAAUGUACACCACCACCUACUUCUUUUUCUGUUUUCUUGGACCGGGUUGAAACUUUUGUUCAGGCAGUUGCGGUGCAUGAAGAUCAAAUUUUUAAAAAAAGAAGCCGUAUACAGCAGGCAUAUGAGAAUAAUGAAGAGAUGAAGCAAAGAGCAAGGGGGCAGGCUAGUCAAAUUCCUAAUUCUUCAGCAGGGGAUAAGGUGAAGUUAGGGGAACCUGGAUAUAAAGAAAGGUAUUAUUCUGAGAAAUUUGGUACAUCUGAUCCGCAGAAGAUAGAUGAAAUACGAACAGAUGUGGUUUUGAAGUUUGUGGAAGGGCUGUGUUGGGUUUGCCGCUAUUAUUACCAAGGUGUCUGCUCAUGGCAGUGGUACUAUCCAUACCAUUAUGCUCCAUUUGCAUCUGAUCUUAAAGGCUUAGCUGAUUUAGAAAUCACUUUCUUCCCAGGGGAGCCAUUUAAACCCUUUGAUCAGUUAUUGGGAACCCUACCAGCUGCAAGUUCUACUGCUCUCCCUGAAAGAUACAGAACGUUGAUGACUGAUCCUGCAUCACCUAUUGUUGAUUUCUAUCCAAAUGAUUUUGAAAUCGACAUGAACGGAAAACGCUUUGCUUGGCAGGGUGUUGCCAAAUUACCAUUCAUUGAUGAGAAGAAAUUGCUUGCUGAGACCAAGAAGCUCGAGGAAACUUUAACGGAGGAAGAGCAGUUUCGGAAUAGUGUCAUGUUCGAUUUGUUGUAUGUUCAUCCUCGUCACCCUUUGGCAGCUCAGAUAACCAUAUACUAUCGUCUUUCUGGCAUUGAAAAAUCCCCAUGGCCUAUUGAUGCAGUUGCGAGUGCUGGAAUGAACGGAUUUUUGUGGUUAACUAAAAGAAAUGGCUUGAAAGAGGUUAUCCCUUCACCUGUCUACGGUUUGGAAGAUAUCACAAACAAUCAAGCCAUAAAUAUCACAUAUCUUAAUCCAGCACCUCAUGCUCACAUUCCGAAACCCCCUGCAGGUGUUAAUAUGCCAGUAAAGAUAGUGAAAUCUUUUGACAUAAAACCAGCCCCAGUAUUAUGGCAUGAAGAUAACGGUGGAAGGCACCAUCUAGGGAAAGAAAGACCACAGGUUUCUGGGGCAAUAUCUGGUCCUAUUUUAGGAGAAGCUGCUCAUCGUCUGGUUCACAAUACGUUGAACAUUAAGUCGGAUCGUAUGAAUUCUCGCAAUUUUCAUGGGAAUCAGGUUGCCAACAGGAUGAGGCCAGCUGGACCACCUGGGUAUGAAAUGGGAGUUUCAGAGAUCCAAAAUUCUCAGAAUCGCCAUGCAUCUUAUAGGCCAAGAGCAGUCGGGCCUUCUGGGUACGGUCGAUAUGGUAACAACGAACAGGGAUAUUAUAACAACCCAAACUCUUUUAGUGUCCAACACAGCCCUCACGCUCCGAUGGGAAGUGCUCGAUAUAGUGGCCCCCCAGAUAAUUUGCAAAUCAACAGGCCGAUUUACAACGCUCAAGAUAGAUAUUCAUAUCAGGAACAGCAUCAUGUUCUGAGAGGCGGCAUGUCUGCAUUAACUAUUGAUGGUGGUUCUUCCAAAGGCAGGUCACUUGCUGGAACUUCUUCAAGACCGUCAAAUUCUGUUCAGAUAUCACAGACCUCUGCUCAACUCCCGCAGCAGAGAGGUCCGCUUCCAUCACCGCCUCCUAAAUGGAUCAGUAAACGUCCAGCCGAGGCUACAGAAAUGUACUAUAAGCAACAGAGUUCAGUAGCAGCAGGGCAAGGGGGACCAGUGAAGCUGGCUAGCCGCUAUCAGGUCAAAAAUAAGACGGUGCAGAACGGCGUUGAUCCACGACUCCAGCAGUGAUCUCUAGGAUGUUGUAUACUGAAUAUGAUGGAUGCUAAUGCGAUCUAUUUUAAUCUCUUGAAGCAAUGCGCCUGAAUUCAAUUGGAGGUGCAUACAUGUUGUUCCUUUUGUUUUGAAAAUUUCAAAGUAAAUUAUUAUAGCCUUCAAUUAAGAUUAGAACACAGGUUUAGUGUAAGCCCUCUUCUCCUAGUGGAUACCACUGACAUGUUGUGGUAAGGGCAUUUUAGUUUCCUUUCAGAAUAUUAUUCCAAUUAAAAUAAACAUUUACUGUUUGUUAAACAACGUUCUUGGGUACUCCUAUGUUACCAUUUCCAUUCUAA